AGAAUAUACAAUGGUAGAACUGAAAAUUUUUGACAUUACUGUUUGUCACUGUCAAUUGCCAUUUAUGAAUUUAAAAAAAUAAAACGGUUAUUUCCGUUUCAAUGUUAUAAGAGUCAUACUUUUUCUGUAAUUUUGUAGUGAUUUUAAGGUGUUGUAGAAUUUAUAUAAUGGAACAACCACUUUUAAAGAAGAAAUCGAGAAGAAUUAGAUGCACUGAAGAACUAAAUAAGUUACUUGAAAACAGUUUAGAUAGUUCUUCAUCAAAAAGCGAAAGUGGGAAAAAUAAAGUAACAAAAAAGAAAAAACUUUUAUACUCAGCUGAAAUAAAUUUAAAUAUUGAUCCAGUCAAAGAAAAUUGUUCACCAAAUGUUGAACAAAAACAAUCGACGAAGAAAUCCAAAAAGACGUUAAGAAAUUUUAUCGAACAUAAAAUAGAAAGUGGAGACACAAGAGUAUGUUCUAUGAAAAAUGAAACAUCAGCAGAAGAAGAUCACAGAGAUUCAGAAUUUGAAUUUAAAAUAAAGAAAAAGAGGAAGAAGCAUAAAAAACAAACAAAAUCAUCCUCAGAUGUUAUAUCUGAAAAUGAGACUACAAUCGAGAUAAAUAAAAAAUCAGUAUUAAAAAAGGAAAAAAAAAGUCUAAACUCAGUAACUAGUUAUUCUAAAUCUAUAAAUUUGGAUGAUAAUGCAACAAGACAAUCUAGAAAUUCAAUUUCCAAAGAUCCUAAAUCUUUUAAGGAUCAGUCUACUGAAUCAUCAGAAUCAACAUCUCGGGGUAUGAGGUGUAAAAGGAAGACCAAAAAUUCAGUUUUAAAGGACCAUGAAAACUUGAAUAAUCAUACAUCAGAAUCAUUGUCACCAAAACCUGUUAGUUCUGAGUCCGAUGACGUAUUUGAACAAAAUAUUGAAUCACAUGAAACUAUGAAUAGUUUUCCAAAUGAAAUAUGUAAAGAUAACCAAAAAAAUUCGAAUACAGAAAUGCUUGUGUCUGAAUUACAAGAAAAUAACAUUUCUGAAUUCUUUAGUGAAAAUGAGUCACUUUAUAAAAUGAAUACCAAUGAAAAGGGAUCAGUUAGAUUUACUACUCAACCUACUAUGAGAAGAUCAAAGUCUUUAAAUGAAUCUUUCAACAAAUCAAGUAAAAAAUCUAUAAGUUUUAUGACACCAGGGAGAAAUAAUUAUAUACAAACAGGAAGUCCAAUGACAAAUCAAAUCAAACAAUCAAAAUCACUGAAUACAACUAAGAAAUCAUCUGUUUCAUUUGCUUCAGUAGAUUCUACACAAUCAAAAUCAUUUGGAAAAAAAAAUUCAAAAAUAUUUCCAAAAUCCCCUCAUGUUUCUAGACUUACAAGAAACAACUCGGUCUCUUUCAACGAAAUAGAAUUUCUUCAAGAUGAAGGUCCACCAGAAAUGUUACAAAAAUAUUCAAAUUUGAGAAAACCAACAACCAAUUACAUUGAAAUGUCUGGUAAAAAAUCUGUUUCUUUCUUCACUCCUGCCAAUGACAACAAGAAAAAACCAAAAACAAGUUUUAAGAAAUCUCCAUAUAUUUGUAGAUCGACUAUUGAUCUGUCUAGCAGUGAUAAGUCACUGAAUGAAACUUUCCAGUUAACAUCACCUACAAUAGAAUUGGAAACUUUGAAAAACAAGAGUGUCGUCUUAUCACCUACAGCAUCAACACUUUCAGAAGGAAGCAAUAUAAUUUUUUCAUCAAAAAAAUCCAUACUAAACCUCGUGACGCCAUCCCCUCAAACUGGUAGUUCUUCUUACAUUUUAAGCACAUGUGACGUUAGCGACAAAACUAAGGGUAGUUCUGAAGUUAGUAAAUCUGAUGCAGAAACAAAUGUAACUAGGAGAAAACAUUGGAACAGAUCCCUAGGAGUGUCAAUUAUGGAUAGUGAUGGUAUGUUACACAAUAUUUCAUCUCCAUGGAGAAACGAAGAUUUCAAUAAAGUUCAAAAUACCCAUGAACAACAUAACUAUACCACAGAUAGUUUUAUAAGUCCAAUUGAGAAAAUUGAUAGUACAUCUAAGGGAUAUAUUUCCUCAAAAACAGUCAGUCCAAUAAAAAUUCAACAGAAUGUAGAGCAUUCAUUGAAUACAGUAAAAUCUGAAACUGUAAUUUCUGAACAUUUGAAUACAACUUUUAGUCCUUUGGAAAAAGAUAAGUCUUUGAAAAAAUUAGGCCAAAGUAAACCAUCUAAACAAGAAAAUAAAGUUUUAGUGAAGAGAACAAAACUUCCAAAUUUUGCACUUAUUCACCAAAGAGCUUAUGAUAAAUUGGAGAAUGUAAGAGAAAUGAGCCAGCGAAAAGCUGCUAGGGCGCAGCAAUUAUUGUCGGGAAAGAAACCAGGUCCUGAUUUGAAUAUGAAAAUUCCAACAUCAAAUUUGAAGAUCAAGUCUCCUAAUUCAAAAUUAAAGUCCCCUAAAAGCCGAAAAUUGUUGAGGUAUACUCCCAAAAAAUCACACCCCCUUGAGAACUUACCAGAACCUUGUACAUCCAGUAUUGUAGUGGUUAAAACAAGUACUAAAAUUACACCAUCAAAAUCCAAUCCUAAGAAGAUUGUAAAACCCGUUAUAAAGAAAACAGCAAAAUCAAAUAUUCCAAAAAUUAUAGACAAGAAACCUUUGUCAAAAUUAGGUUUUAAAAUAGAAACAACAGGCAAAGACAAUAAAGUUAUAAGACAAGAUCAAUUGAAAGCGGCAGCAAAUAAAACGAAACCAAGCAGAAAUUCGUUAGAAGCUCGUCGAACUGUUAUACAAAAUGUGAGAACAAAUCGAAGAUUUGAUCUGCUUAUGAAGAUGAGGAAAAAGGAUUAAUUAUUAUUUUAUUAAUUAUGAGCUUAUAAAGUUUUAUAUAUUCUUUUAAAUAGGUUAUAUUCUCCCUUUUAAAAAUAUUUUAAUGUAAGAUGUACUAAAUAUACUAUAAUAAACUUAUGUAUACAAUUAUUGGUUGGCGAUGAAGUAAUUUCGGUUUCGUAGUAUAAAAUAUAACUAAUUUAACAAAUAAUUUUUAAUCAAUUAUAUGUUUUCCAUUUUGCUUAAUGACCUUUUGUCUGGUCUGGUCCUUAUCAGCAAAAAACUGUACUAGGUACGAUUAGAGGUCAUCGUCAUUUGUGAAAAUUUUAGAAACUUCGAAAUAAAUGGUAAUCAGAUGGUGUCAGAUCUGAGCUGUAUGGGGGAUGUGGCAUAACCUCCUAGCCAAGUUCUAAUAGUUUACCACGAUAUGCAAGGCAUACCUUUCUGAUUUGACAAUUCUGGCUGUUUUUCUUUGAUUGCUUCAUCCAGUUUUAUCAAUUGUCGACAGAAACUUCAGAAUUGAUCGUUUGGUUCCUUAGAAGCAGCCCAAAAAACAACACUUGUAAUCCCACUAAACUGUCAGUUUGAGUUUUUUUUUGUUGUUUUUUAGCUCUUGUGUGGUUUGUGCUUGUUCAUCGUGUUUACUCCAUUAUCGUUUUUGAACUGUGUUAUUGUACAGGACCCAUUUUUCAUCACAAGUAUUCUUUCGAAAAAAUGGUCAUUUUCAUUUUGUUUAAGGUGCAUAUCGCAAAUGUUGAUUCUUUGUGUUAAAUAAAUUUCUUUCAAUUCGUGAGGUACCCAAAUAUCAAGCUUCUUAACUAGCACAAGACAUUUUGAGUAAGCGAAAGUACUUAAUUGCCAACCUUAUAGAAUUAUUUCUAAAUGACAAUUAUUCAGAUAUCAGCUAACCAUAACUAAAAAAUAAGGAUUCAAUAAUAACUUAUGUUGUAUCAAUUAAAUUUUAAGGUAGUUCCUUAUUGAAAAAUUAAUACCUAUAGUGAGUAAGUAUAUUUGUGAAAUAUAUAAUAGCUGUAUUAUAAUGGGAUUACCCCCAUCAUUUUAGAUUCCGAGAAGGCCACUAAAGUAUUUAAGAAAUACACAGAAUAAUUCUUGUUAUCAAUAAGGCAAUUGAACAGAAACCAUAUUGUACUUCAGUAUUAUGUGAAAGGAGCACAUGUUGGAAAACUACAAAACUAACAUCAAAUCAAUAUGGCUAUAAGGAGUAGAAAUAUGGUUAUCCCAGCAAAUUAUGUAAAGCUAUAAUACAGAAAAUCAAAGUACAAAACACCAGGAGAGACUAGUAGAAUUUGCUGACAAUAAUAUAUACUGAUGGAUCUAAGAACAGGAGUUGUAUGUGCAGUUUACAUUCAAAAUACAAAGCAAUCAAAUCGCUCAAUAUAUCUAUAAGUUGAUAUCGGUCCUGGUUACUAUCGGGGGUGUUGUAAAAGAAAUAACAUAGAUCUACUGCUGAUCACUGAUCUGGACUAAGUUAUUCUGAUAUCUGAUAUCACUAAUGCAGAGAAAAAUUUGAAAGCAGACACAACACAAAAGUAAAAAAAAAUAUAAAGCUGAUCAUGAAACUUAGAAAAGAGAUUCAAGUAAGGAUUUCAUUUUAGGAAACACUGUAUGGGGUUUUGAAAAGUACCUUUAAAAAGGGAAAAAGCCCAAAAGGAUUACAGGUAUUAAAUGCAUUCAACUUUUUGUGUUAUAAACAGGUAAAUAUACAAAAAUCCAGGAAACUACAAAAUUCCCAAAAACCUGAAAGGCUUGAAAUUUUGCCUAAGUAUAAACAUUAUUCAGAACACUAUUUUUCACUAUUAUAUUCACUAGUAAAGACUAUUAUUUAAGAUUGCUGUGAAAGUAGACUAGAAUUACUAGACUACUAAGAUUCACUAAAGUAUAUUUAUUCCAAUUCAGUCCAGGGAAACUCGUGCAAGGUCUCAAGAGUGACUAUUAUUUGGCUAUAUUUUUACCAAGAAACAUGUUUUAUUUAAUUUAACACUAGUUUCUCACAAUUUUACUCUGUUUUUUGUAAUGGUGUAUUUAUGAACAAUAAAUAAAGACAUUACUAAUUGGAAGAGUGUGUUAGAUUUAAAUUAGGAGUUGCAGAAGUAUGUCUUUACAAUGUUAAGGAUUAGAAAGGACUAUCUACUUAGAAUAAUUUUACUGUCCCUUAACUUAAUAUAUCUGGAUUGUAUGAUCUAUUCUAUAUUAAAAAAUAUUCCUUUAUUCCUGGUUUUAUGAAUUGCAGCUGGAAAUGCCAAAAUAAAUUCUUUUACA